GAUGUAAACUAUAUGUAACAAGUUAAUCCCUGACAUAUCAAUAUGGAGUACAAUCUAUUUCAAUGUUUAAUUUUUAUAUUCUUUGGAUUUUUAUGUUUUGUAAAUAGUAAAAGAUAUGAUGCCCAAUUAACGAGUACUCUCUACAGUUGGGAGAAGGCAAGGUCCAGUCACCGUCUUAUUGGGGACGGAAUCAAUGAUGAUAUAUCUGAUAUUCAAUUAACACUAGAAACAAACAGUAGUGUUGUUCCAGGAUCAACAUAUGGGUGGAUAGACGCAAAUGCUGCAUACCAGCCGUGGAUGGAAUAUUUAGGUUGUUUUGUUAUUAAUCCGUCAAAAAUCCUUAAAGAGGUAGCUGUAAAUGCCAGUACACAACUGUUGGAGUGUGUUAAUGCAUGUCCUGCAUCGUCAGAUAUUGGUCUGCAGCAAAGUAAAUGUGUUUGUUUAAGUACAAUAUCAUUGACAAGUACUGAUGUCACUGGUGCAGCUACCAGAAGUUUCUGUAGUGGUGACGAAAAUGCUUUUUGUGCUCCCGAUCAAGCUGGAGUAUAUCAAUUCGCUUUGUAUUCAAGGAGUCCUGUUACACGUUCUAUAAACAGUGGUAUCGGAGACUGUCUUGUGAUGACAGUUAGCAGCACUUCAAAUCCUUCCGUUUAUUUCGAGCCUGCUCCAUGUGGUACAUAUCUUAAUCCUCAUUGUUACAAAACGGGCACUUUUAUUAUAUCUCUUGUAAAAACUACAUGGAAUGGUGCCUCACAAUUCUGUCAAACCUUCAAUGGUGAAAUUACAUCUCCAUACCAUAUAGCUAGUUCGUCGAAAGGAACACAACAUCCUGGAUCAUACUGGAUAGCGCAAAUUAGAAAAGUCCAGUACUAUUUAUCCAAAGACUUUAUACCCGGAGCUGAGAACUACUGCAUUGCUGCACGAGUAAAAUCGGAUGGAUAUCUAGACAUUUUACUUAGAUCAUGUGACCAACUAUUACCUGCAUUGUACUAUUUUAAUAUUUCGCCUCAGCUACCAGGUACUACACAAAACGGAACAAAUAGAUUUGCUACUCCUUCUAGGGGUAAAGAUGGAUCCCCACACCAACCUGUAUCAGAUGGUAUAUUAGCUGUGGUUGUUUCAAUACCUUGUUUAGUUGUUGCUGUCGCUGCAGUCACUGGUUGGUUCACUUACAGAUGGUUUCAUAAGAAAGCACAGAAUAUGAACGGACUGAAUAACUUGCCUCGGCAAAUAUCCUAUUAUGAGUCGUCAGGUGAUUUCCCAACUACAACUACUACAACCGAACAUGAAGUUUCUAGUGGAUAUGAAAUGACCGAUAUUGCGUACUCUGAACCAAUCGAUUGUAUCGAUAACGAGGACCGAUAUAAUCAUAUCGAUCAUACACGACACCGUGAAAUCAAUGAAUCUUCAACGAGUAAAUAUCAUGUCAUGGUUUCCAAUGAAGACAAGAUGAUCCUGGACGGUUAUCAUGCAAUAAAUCAUUUUCCCAAGGAUCGUGCACCCAAUAAAGACUAUGACAGAAUGUCUACAGUUAAAAUGGAACAACAUGGGGACAUGUUGGAUGAACAAACUUCAUUCAAUGUUUAUAAUACAGUACCUUCUGAUGAAUACAACGAGGACCCUUAUUAUGAUAUCGAUUAUAUCGAUAGCUAUGAAUCUGAUUAAUAAUCAAUAAUUUAUCAUCAUUAUAACUCAAUUAUAAUAACAAAUAGUCGAUAUUUUAUAUGGUUUAUAGUCUAGUAUAUUUACAUCUUGUCUUUGCAUCA